UUUUUUUUGAGAGCAAAGCAACUGAGUUUGUGGAUGUACACAAUCCUGCCACCAAUGAAGUUGUGACAAGGGUCCCAAAGAGCACACAAGAUGAGAUGCAGGCUGCUGUUGAUUCAGCCACAGCUGCUUUUAAAUCAUGGUCUAAAACCUCGGUACUUACGAGACAGCAAGUCAUGUUCAAGUACCAGCAGUUGAUUAAAGAUAAUAUUCAUGAAUUGGCAAAGAACAUCACACUUGAGCAAGGGAAAACCCUUGUAGAUGCUGAAGGAGAUGUUAUGCGAGGCUUACAGGUUGUGGAACACUGCUGCAGUAUCACCAGUCUUCAGCUUGGGGAGACUAUGCCUGGUAUUGCACGUGACAUGGAUGCCUUUUCUUACCGUGUGCCCCUUGGAGUGUGUGCUGGCAUUGCCCCAUUUAACUUCCCAGCAAUGAUUCCCCUUUGGAUGUUCCCUGUUGCUUUGGUUUGUGGUAAUACCUAUAUUUUUAAGCCUUCUGAGCGUGUCCCAGGAGCUACCAUGAUGCUGGUUGAAAUGCUAAAGGAAGCAGGCUGUCCAAAUGGCGUUGUUAAUGUUAUCCAUGGGCAGCAUGAUGCUGUCAACUUUAUAUGUGACAAUCCAGCUAUUCGGGCAAUUUCCUUUGUUGGAUCAGACCAAGCUGGAAGGUACAUUUAUGAAAGAGGAUCUAAGAAUGGCAAGAGAGUACAGUCAAAUAUGGGAGCCAAAAACCAUGGAGUGAUCAUGCCUGAUGCCAACAAGGAAAGCACAUUGACACAGCUAGUUGGAGCUGCCUUUGGAGCUGCAGGUCAGAGAUGCAUGGCCCUUAGUACAGCAGUCUUUGUUGGAGAGGCUAAGAACUGGCUGCCUGAGUUAGUGGACAGAUCAAAGAAUCUAAAAGUAAAUGCUGGGCAUGUGGCUGGAGCUGAUUUGGGUCCUGUUAUUUCUCCGGAAGCUCGUGAUCGUAUCUGCAGUCUUGUCCAGUCUGGAAUUGAUGAAGGAGCAAAGUGUAUUCUUGAUGGGCGUAAUAUUACUGUCCCAGGAUAUGAAAAUGGCAAUUUUGUUGGUCCAACUAUUCUUGCAGAUGUUUCACCCAACAUGAAAUGCUACAAGGAGGAGAUUUUCGGCCCAGUGUUGGUAGCGCUCUCUGUUGACACACUUGAUGAAGCUGUGGACCUAAUUAAUAGUAACAGCUAUGGAAAUGGUACAGCUAUCUUCACUACCAAUGGAGCUACUGCCAGGAAAUUUACCAAUGAUAUCGAUGUUGGCCAAGUUGGUGUAAAUGUGCCUAUCCCAGUGCCUCUGCCUAUGUUCUCCUUUACCGGCUCUCGGGGAUCAUUCCUUGGAGAUGCUAAUUUCUAUGGCAAAGCUGUAAGUAUGCUAAGUUUAUGAAGGCCUUUCUUGUAAGACUGAUGUAAAUAAUUGAAAUGC